AUGGCAAAGAAGUCACAGAAACGCCCUGUGAGGUAUGAGAAAGAUCAGUUAGGCUGCAUGUGGGGUUUGAUGAGUAUCUUUGACUUCCGGCACGGCCGCCCCACCUGGAAGCUGAUUUCUGAUAAGAGGCAUGGAAGUAAGCAAACUGCUGAAAUGAAUUCAGUGAGUAGCAGUUGUGUUUUGGGGAUUUCUCUGGAAAAGUUCUACUGGACAUCGAGGAACAAGUUUGAAGUUUUGAGCUCUUUGGAUGAAAACUUUGAAGGCACACUCGAUGGCGAUGGGAGCUCAAAAGCAAUAGUGGUAGUGGAUGCUUGUAAACCUAGUGUGAAGAAACUCAUGGAAGAAGAAAUGUCCAGUGAGCAGGGCAUGAAGAGGGAGAUAAGCAAUGAUGCAGUGGAAACUAGGCAGUCAGAUUCAAGCCAGAACAGAAAGGACCAGAAGAAAACAAAGAGGACUCGCAAGAAAAGCCGAGACAUGGACACCCAUAUUAUGAAUGCUCCAGAGAACUCGGAAUCUGGGUGCUCUUGCAAUCAGAAUCCGGAACAGAAAACUAGAAGUAAUGUUGGAAUGGAUGAGAUAAUGGAAGAGGUAUGUUGCCAGAUCCAUCAGAAAUACAUCAAUUGCUCGACUCAUGACGUGAAUGGUGAAGCUCCUGUGGAACCAAGCGACAAGCAUUCUGAUUUUGAAGAGAAAUUAUGUGUGGCAAUCAAGGAGUUCAUGAAUCAUAAGUUAGCAGAUGGGAAACAUCUUACGGAAGAUCAGAAAGUCCACCACUUGAAAGAACUAAUGGAUGCACUCGAGGUCUUAAGUUCAGAUGAGGAAUUGUUUCUGAAACUUUUGCAGGAUCCAAACUCACUGUUGGCAAAACAUAUCCAAAAGUUCCAGGAUGCUCAGAUAGAGAAAGAUGAAGAAUACGCUUCCUUUGCAGAGUCCAAGUUGUCGGAACAGAAGCUUGGUGAUGUAAAACAAUCUGAGGAGCUUGUCAACCGUAAACAGCGGUACUUUUUCAGGAGAAAGGUCAAGCCUCAGGAAAGAAACCCAAGUAAGGAAAAUGAGGAUUCUGAAGCUUCAAAGAGAAUUGUCAUUUUGAAGCCUGGGCCUCCAGCGUUACGAAAUUCUGAAACUGGAGAUAGUGCAUCCUCAGAAUCCCAUAACAUUGUAAGAAAUAAAGGGCCAAGUGAGAGAGUUGGUUCCCACUUUUUUCUCUCGGAAAUAAAAAGGAAACUAAAGAAUGCAAUGGGAAAGCAACACCAUGGGGCAUCUACUGUUGGAAGUUCAAACAGAUUGCCUUAUGGGCGUCAAAAUUCGGGAGGUAGUGACAAAGGAAUUGGUAAGGAAAAACUUAGAAGUUCUCCUGGUAAAGAGCAUUUCUACAUUGAAAGAAUUGCUAAACCUUCCGGUGGUACCAAGAGGGCAGAAAAGACUGGGAAAGUGAAAGAACCUGAAGUAAGUUUGAAACAUGAAAAUCAUGGUCUUGUGGAUGAAAGGCUAUCUAACCUCUACAUUGAGGCCAAGAAGCAUCUCUGUGAGAUGCUGAGUAAUGGAGAUGAUGGUGUAGAUAUCUCAAGACGGCAGUUUCCUAAAACCUUGGGAAAGAUUCUUUCUCUUCCUGAAUACAACGUUUCUCCUUUUGGCAGUCCAGGAAGGGACUUGGAGCAUGGCUUUGUUACCGCACAGAUGAGAUUGUCUGCCUAUGACAAACUUUUGAAGGCCAAUGAGAAUACAUGGUCUCCUAAGCGAGAGAAAAAUGCCAGCCCUCUUGGUGAGGUAGCACACAACUUAGAGAGUCUGCCGUCUAAUUCUGACAAUAACCCUGAUGAUAAAGUACAGCCUCCUAACUCAAUACCAAGCAUCUCUGACAAUCUGAUUCAAGAUAAUGAAGUGGAAGAAACCCAUCCUUCCAUCGUAGACGAGAAGAAUUCUGAAGGUGUUGAGAUUAAAAAUGGAAAAGAAAUUGUUGCUUGGGAAGAAGAAAUUGUUGCUUGGGAAGAAGAAUUUGUCUUGGAUGCCCUCUCUGAACUAAGUGGUUCUUCAAUCGCCAUAAAUGACCAAAAUGAUGAUAAAAGAAUUUUGGAAUGCUUACAACAGGAUUCAUAUGACGAAAACCCGCAAUCUUCUUCAUUAGCAUCCCCUUCCAGCUCUUCAACCACCAAGCAUGUUGAAAAUUUAGAAAGUGCUAUAGAUACACCAGAGCGGCCAAGUCCUGUUUCAGUUCUUGAGCCACUAUUCACAGAGGAUGAUAUCAGCCCCAGGAAAACUAUUUCUCGAUUUGGAGAGCUACAACCACUAAAGAUCGAAUUUGAAGAUUAUGACCCUUCAGCCGCAGAGCAAGCUAACAAUGCAAAAACCUAUACAGAAGACAAGGAACUAAUGUUUGAUUUUGUAAAAGCAGUCAUGCAAGCCUCCGUCUUCAAUUGGGAUGACUUCUGUAUGAAGUGGCUUUCUUCUGACCAAAUUAUUGAGCCAUCAUUGUGUGAUGAGGUGGAAUUUUUUCCUAACCAGCUUUGCUAUGACCCAAAGCUCCUUGUUGACUGUAUUAAUGAAGUUCUACUGGAGAUUUGUGGGCAUUAUUAUGGUUGCUUCCCUCGGAUAUCAUCUGCAAAACCUAGUAUAAGGCCAGUACCGGAUAUGAAAACUACUAUAGAUGAGGUCUGGAUAGAUGUUUAUUGGCAUCUCCAUCCGCUUCCAUUGCCUCGUACUUUGGACCAGAUUGUCACAAAAGACAUGUCAAGAACUGGAACGUGGAUGGACCUUCGGUUUGAUGCUGAGACCAUUGGUGUUGACAUGGGUGAAGCCAUUCUCCAAGAAUUGAUGGAAGACACCAUAUUAAGCUAUGUAGAAGGAAGUCUCGGAAGUGAAGAUGUUUCAGUUAAAUCUGAAUCAAAUGAAACAGAGAGCAAUGCUUCAGUUGUAGCUGAAUCAAAUGAAACAGAAAGCAUUCUCAACUUAUAGAACUCAAUCUGACUUCGAUUUGUCUAUAUCAAAUGCCAAGCCACCUUCUUGCUGAGGCAGUUGGAAAGCAAGUCAUAUCUGUGCAUCCAGAGGGUGAGAAGCAGCAUUUUAGCUUUCCUGGAGUACCGUGGAUCCGGUAUGAACUGGAUUUGCAACUUUGUUAACUGACAUCAUGUAGAUAGUAUAGAAUCUGUUACAAGUCAAAACUAAGGCUCAGGGGCAUCCGGAUUCCGGAGCAGCAGUCAGUCACCUGAAAGUCCUUGAUAGCCAGGGAACAGAUAUCUGGUCUGCAAAUUCUCUUUGCAAGAACUCUGGCACUUCUCUGCAAGUCGAUUAUACAAGACAGAUAAGAACAGGUACCAUUUCUGAGUCGUCAUCUGUGUCAACCGCCGAGGCGGUAAUGUGGAGAGUUGUUCUUAUAAGUGUAGAUUUAUAGAGGGUUGGAGUGUUUAGUUGAGAGUGUUGUUGAUUUCAUUCAUUGUCAACUGUGUUACCUUGUUCUUUAUAUUUGGUGUUGUAUUUGAAAGGGUUGGAGUACAAGAAGUUGUAGGUUGUGUAUUUCUAAAAGAAAAAAAACAAAUUGUGAGUUGUUAGUCUUGUGACUGACUAUUACUGGUGUUGUAAUUAGUAAUUACAAAGAAAAUAAAGGAACAUCAUGCUAGGUUUUGUUA